AUGCGACUUGCACCACGGAGGCUUGGGAAAGCCCACCCAACUUUCCUAGUCUUAUUGCUUCUGGUUGUCAUCGCUGCUCGAGUUUCUGCGGACCCUGCGGCUGUCACUACAGACGCCCAGACCACCGACGAUCCCUCCACCACUGAUAGCACCCCUAGCGUGACCGAUACCACUUCAUCGACCUCUUCUACAUCAACAUCGGAAAGCACAACUACUUCGAGUUCGACCUCGGAGUCGACAACAUCCACGACCAUGACUUCAACGACGACUACCUCCUCCACGUCCUCAACUACUUCUGACAGCAGCACAACGUCCUCCGUUUCCACAACAACGGCAUCGACAUCGACAUCGACAUCCUCUUCCACCACUUCAACUGGCGCUGCGAUCGUUACCAUACCUCCUUCCGCCGGUGCCCCAUACAUGCAAACAUCGAAUACACCGGAAGGUACAGUCUUUAUCGCCGUCGGCGCUAUCCUAGGCUUCAUCGGGCUAGCUGUGCUAGCCUGGCGGGGCAUGGUCGCAUGGUCAGUGAAUCGCUCAGUACGGCGCGCCGCUAUGGCGCAGUCCGCAGAGUCUAAGCGCCUCUUGCGUGGUAGUCGUAAGAAGCGAUCCACAGCCGUGUACUCUGCCGCGCCAGCGAUGGACGUCUCUCUCGACAAGCUCGGCACGGCCACCCGAGCAAGCUACAAGCCCUCACAGCGAGUCCCCAGCAACAGCAGUGCCUUAUUCUAUUCACCCACAGCUGGUGGUGGAGGCGGGUCCCACCCUAGUAUCAAUACCCCUGCAGGCAAUCGGAACUCGAGCUACCUUCCUGCCGGGUUCUACGCUGCUGCUGGCAGCUCCACUCCCGUUCGGGAUUCAGUCAACCCAGGCUAUCCUCCCAGCUCGCCGUCUCUUCCACCUACUGGUGGUUAUCAUGAUACGCCUCACAAUGCGCGCCACUCGUACGCGGGUGCGUCUACAAGCUCUCUGAACCUGAACCAGGCCCCCGGGGGGCGUGCACCAAGUGCGUACCUGGAGGACCUGUUUGAAAGUCAUACGUCGCCUCGAGACACCGAUUCUAGUCGUCGGUGA